UAAAAGUUUAUUGUGUAUUCAAACGUUAGAACCAAUUUCCGAAUAAGCCAAGUGAAAACAAAACACAUUCUUCCAAGAGUUUUUCUAAUCAAUCAUCUCAUGUCAAUAACACUUCCAAGACUCAAAUGCAUUUCACUCUUAAAUUCUCUUCCCAAACAAACCUCAACAAACAACAACAUUAAACAAAUCCACGCCCAACUAAUCACCAACAACCUUAAUUCCCCCAAACUCUUUGCCAAAUUAAUCAAUCACUACUCUUCCACUUCACCAAACCCUAACUUUCUCAAUUCCAUAUUUUACUACUUCCACACCCCACAUUUAUUUCUCUUCAACACCCUCGUUAAAUGCACCCCUCUUAACCACUCAAUUCACCUUUUCCAAACCCACUUCUCAAAGCAACUCAUUCAUUUUGAUCACCACACUUUCAAUUUCAUCCUUGGGGCUUCUGCUCGUUCCCCUUCAUAUUCAACGUUAAAAUUAGGAACACAAUUGCACUCCUUAAUCAUAAAACAAGGUUUCGGUUCCAAUGUUUUAGUUCCAACUACGUUGAUUCAUUUCUAUGCUAACAAUAGAGAUGUUAAGUCAGCACGUAAGGUGUUUGAUGAAAUGUCUGACAGAACUGUUGUCACGUGGAAUGCUAUGAUUACUGGUUAUUGUUCGGUAAAAGAUGGAAAUGGAAAAAGUGCUGUGGAUGGGUUGUGUUUGUUUAAGAAAAUGUUGAUGGUUGGUGCGAGUGAAGUUAGACCGAAUGAUAGAACCGUGGUUUGCUUGCUUUCUGCGGCUUCUCAGUCGGGUAUGAUGGAAAUCGGUGUUUGCUUACACGGGUUUGCGGUGAAGCUGUUGUGUAAGGUUGAAGAUGAUGUGUUUAUAGGAACAGGACUUGUUGAUAUGUACUCGAAAUGCGGUUGUCUUGAGAGUGCUUUGUAUGUUUUCUGGCGGAUGAAAUUGAGGAAUGUUUUGACUUGGACUGCCAUGACUACCGGGCUAGCUAUUCAUGGGAGAGGGGAAAAGGCAUUGGAGAUUUUGUAUAAGAUGGGAGAUGAUGGCGUGAGACCGAACGAAACGACUUUUACGAGUUUGUUGUCGGCUUGUUGUCAUGCAGGCCUUGUUGAAGAAGGGCUUCGGUUAUUUCGUGAUAUGGAACCGAAAUUUGGUGUAGUGCCUCGGAUACAGCAUUAUGGUUGUGUUGUUGAUCUUCUUGGAAGAAACGGAAACUUGAACGAGGCUUAUGAUUUUAUCAUGGCAAUGCCGAUUAGUCCGGACACUGUGAUUUGGAGGAGCUUGCUCAGUGCUUGUAAGAUUCAUGGGGAUGUUGUGAUGGGAGAUAAAGUGGGGAGGUUUCUUCUAAAGUUUAAAGAGAAGAGUUAUGAAGAUUUAGCUCAUAAAAGUGAAGAUUAUGUUGCUUUGUCAAAUGUCUAUGCUUCAGCAGAAAGAUGGAAUGAUGUUGAAGUUUUAAGGAAGAAAAUGAAGACUAGGGGUUUGACAAGACCGUCAAGUCCUUGUGUAUUAUCUGGGCGCAACAUAGAAAGCUUGAAUGAUGACACUUCCUGGACUGGACCGAGCAUUUGUCAGCGACUUCGUUCUUUAACGGCAUCAUUCACCCUGGGGCAUCAUUUCUCAUUUUUGAGGGUUUAUAUUUUACUUGGUGGAUAAGAAUGGUCACUCAAAGAUUUGCAACAUCGAAUCCAUUAGAUGUUAUGGCCCUCUGUAGGAGUUUGUUCUACUAUCAAGUCUUGCCUGUUUAAUACAUGUAUAUUUGGAACUUAUGGAAAAUUAACAAAAAUGUACUUGUCUAAAAUCAUGUUAACAAAGCUAUUUUAUGAAUAGAAAAGUUAUAUAAAUUGCAACUGCGAGUAUCCUAUGUGUUGACAUAAAUACAUGUUACACACACCAAAAUGGCUACUAUUUCGAA